AUGAAUUUGUCUUCAAGUUCAGAGUUGCACACACCUCAUAUUACAAUCAGAGAUAUGUAAGUUGUUGCAUCUUGUUGACUUUUGCUUUUAGAUCGGAAUGUAGCUACAAACCUCAAGAGUCCACUCAGCUCCUUGCUGUUGAGGGUAACAUCGGCAGUUAUCUUUUGGUGGAGGAAAAUGGUCAGAUAUCCAGUGUGACAGAUGAUUUUGUUAUCAAUCCUGUCGCCGACUUUCGCAUUCCAAUUAAAGUAAGGACAAUAAAUUUGAUUUUAGGUAUAUUUUUUAUUACAUCAACAUUGUUAUAUUUAACUUUACCUGGUUUUAGGUAGCUUUUUCUUCCGGCUGCAUAUCUUUCGUUUCAAGGAACGGUUUUGGCUAUCGUUCUCUGCUGACUAAUCACAGUUCAAUAAAGGAAUUGGCGGCCAAUGGCGCUCAACUGGGUCGUGUGUUCUUAGAGUUGACAAAAGACGAGGUACGUUAUAAGUGUCGUAGUUUAUACCUAUUUAGGCCGAGGAGUUGAGUGGUUUGAAAAAAGAAAGCAAGUUCUCAGCAGAGUUCGAAGACCUACAACAAAGGGUAUCAUAUCAAUUACAUGAAUGUCAAACAGAGAGUUUUUUGAUUGAGAUCAAUGUCACAAACGAAUUAAUUCAAGAGCUACGGUCAGCUGUUGCUAUACUUGGGCAUUCAUUUUCACAUGGACAACUUGUCAUCGAAAAAUUAAGAGUACGUUAUUAGACAUGAGUUAAAAUUACAUUUUAUUAAAUGUUUGUACCUAAUGUCAUUUCAGUUUUUGGUGGAUCCUUUUAAAGCGUACAAUGUUAAUAUAGCGGACGAAAACUUGAAGAUGGAUCAAGAUGUGACUAGUCUGAGCACGAUGAAUUCAGAAGCGGCCAGAAGAUUAUCGUUUUACAAAUGGCCGAAGAGCGAGUGUCUGUUUGCUCAGCCCAGGAAUCUCGCUAAUGCCGGAUUCUUUCUCAGACCUUCAGCUGGUAAUCUGGAUCGAGUCUGUUGUUUCUCUUGCGGAGUUUGUCUUGUUAAUUGGGAGCCGCAGGACGUGCCGAUACGCGAACAUGUGGAACAUAACCCAAAUUGUGCAUUCAUGACAGGAGUCGACAAACGGAACAUUCCUUACGAAUCUACUAAAGCCAUACUACCAAUGUUGUCUUGGUCGCAGAUUGAAGGCAGUAAGGACGACAUUGUUGUGGACGAUGUGAUUAUGGGUAACUCACAUCCCAACUGUUCGUGGGUGGCCACGGCCGUGUCUCCACUGCCCGGCCAUUCGAAGCCAAGCAUCUUUUUGUUCGAGAUGGACAAAGUUUCUCAAAAACCGAUUGAAAUUCUACUAGAUUUGUAUGCAACAUGUAUGGCAGGUUCACUAGAAAAUACUGAAGAUUUGAGGAAAGGAACGGGGGCUUUUGAUUGGUUGAACAGUGUGAAUGACAUCUCCAACAUGAUGGAUAAUACACGGAAGAAUGAUACUCCGUUGUGUAACAUCACUUCACUUUGCACAACUUCUUCUUUGGAUGACAAUGUUCAAAUCACUAACAAUGACAAGAUUGUGGCCAUGUUAUGCACGUCAGUGUUGGUUGAUGAGUUUCGCCUAAAGAAGUGUAAGUUUAAUUUUAUCUUUUUUUUGUUUUGACAUUAGCAUUAUAGUUAAAUUAAUUUUUUGUAAUGCUUAUUUUAUUUCAGCGUUGUCUGAUGAAACGAUUGGUGAAGAAGUAAUCAAUUUAAAUGCCAUAAACACAUUUUGUGAAGCUACAAGGAUCGAUGAGAUGAACGCAGAAGCCACAAUCAAAAGACGACCGUUUAUAUUAGUACAUCAUAUUGUCGAGUUUCCUGGAGAAGCUGCCGCUGAACCGCUGACAUUUGUCUAUCUUUCAUCUGGAAAAAGUACGUUUAAGUAUAUCUAAGAUAACGUUGUUUUAGGAAUGGAAGAGACGCCAGACGAUGAAAAGGAAAGUUUGAGUAAGUUUUAAUUGAAUGUUAUUUAAUAAAAUACGUACUAGAGUGUCAUUUUUUAGUAUAAAAUUGUUAAAUAAGUAUAGUACUAAUAAUUUUUUUAGUCGAUAUCACAAAAGGAAUUGAAUCAGAUAAUGUGCCCGUAUACUACAAUGCCAAAGAGACUGUAGCUGUCGGAAUCCAAUGUAUUCGUUUACCUGCAGAGUAUGACAAUACUGAUUUCAAGGUACGUCAGUUAUUUUAUAACAUGUUGUAUUUUAGGUAUCUAAAAUGCACUUUUCUGAGAAUGGCACUCAGUUGUUGGUUGUUGUUGAUCCAUCAGAUACUACUAUGACGUCACCUUCUUCUCUACUGGUUUACAGUCGAAUUCCAUCGUUGUACAUGUUCAAGUUGACUCCGGCUGUUCAGUUUCAUUUGAGGAAGACGGUCAAGGAAGUCCGUCUACUAGGUUGUGAUUACUUUGGAGCUUCAACAACUUCUCGAACAUCUGCACUGUCGAGUGAAUCGUUGAACGAGACGAUUCUGAUUCACUACACGGAUGGCACGCUCGAACUGAUGGAUCUGGACUUUGGACGCAGUGUUCCGAUCGAAGUUGGAGUAGUGCACGAUGUUGCCGUAAAGAAUUCUGGAGUUUUGAUGGUGUUGACAGAAGACGGAAAGUUCCACAUGAUCGAUAUCCAGAAUUCUGUCCCGACGUGCCACAGUGAUCGAGUAGAUGAAAUCCUGGUUAGCGAGUUGAGUUCUCUUCAUUGUGAUCAAAUGGUUCAAAAGUUAACAGAAACUGUACAACAACUUGAUGCGAAGAAGAUUAAGGAGGAACUAUUGUACGCUAUAUCGGAAACACCGUCGUGUGGAGUUAAAACAUACUCUUCACUCAAGAGUUUGUUUGAUCUGGUCAAAAGCCAGCCUUUGUGCCAGCAAAGCUUAUCAACGUCGGAUAGGAAUUCGUCUGGAACAGCAAUUAAUCUGUGAGUUUGUUUUGUUUUUAUAGUGAAAAGUUACGUAUUUUAGCCUUUUUAUGAUAUUAGGUGAUUGCGAAAUUAUCCCGCCAAUUUUUGUUUUUACCUAAAUUUAAUAUUAAAAAAAACAACAACAACUAAUUAACAAAUAUAUGUGUCAUUAUUAUCAACAACCUGUUGCCAUCCCUUCGGCAUCAUUUGGAUUCAACUUCUGUAGAAACCUGGAGUUUUAGAAUUGAAAAAGUUAGUCCACCAUCGCUUGAGGUCGUCUCGGUUGUCAAAGCGUAUUGCAUUCAGAUGGUUUUGAAGAAAGUGGAACAUAUUAUAAUCUGAAGGCACAACAUCAGUGGAGUACAGCGCAUUUGGCAUCUCAGUCCAGCCGAAACUUUUCAGCUUGUGUUGGGUCAACAUUUUCACAUAGGCGCGAGCAUUGUCAUGAAUGAAGAAGACCCGGUCUUUUUUACCAUGAAAUGCAGCGGCAACAGAUUUAAUUUUUCUACAGUAGACAUCCACAGGGAUCGUAGUUUUAUGUGAUACCAUUUCCCAGUACACAAUACUUGUUGAGUUCCAGCUAAAUCCUUUCACCUCCUCCAGUUGGUGAAGACCAGGUUUUGGAGUUGACCCACCCUUUUCUCCACGUCCAAACCAUUGUUUCUUCUUGGUGUGAUUAACAUACAGUACCCACUCCUCGUCCCCAGUAACCAAAUUGUCAAGUCAUGCAAAGGUCCUUGGGAACAUCAAUAAAUAAGUGCAACUUUCACUUAGCGUUUCAGCUGGUCGCUCUUGAAAUCAUGUGGAACCUCUUGGCCAUAUUUCCAUGAUCUUCCAAGGGUCUGAAGUUUAAUUAAUAUAGAAGAAGGAUCACAUUGAACCUCUACAGUCAAAUGAGUAAUAGUUCGUCUGGGGUCUUUUUCGAUUAGCUUCAGAAGGUGGGGUUUCUUCAACGCUGAUGGUCUACCAUAUAGAACUUUUCGGACAUGUCAAAGUCACCGUUUUUGAACAUGUGGAGACAAACUUUUGUGGUGUCGUAAGAGACAACUGAAGGCCCUACAUCACUGCAUAUUUCCUUCGUCGCUCUUGUUGCGUUGCCGUCCUCACUGAAGUUGCGAAGCAACAUUGCCCUAACAUGACCAUGUUUUACCUUGAUUUCUUGAACCACCGUAAACAACAGAAAGCUUGAACAUGCAAUAUUUUUUAGUGCUUGGACAUCUCUUUAUAUAGGUUGACAACAGAAAUUUCUAGAACAAUCCAGAAUUUUUAAAAAAAUUUUUGAAAAAUUGGCGGGAUAAUUUCGCAAUCACCUAAUAAUACCUAUUUUCAUACCAUUUUUUGAUUAUUUGUUCAUAAAUAUUAAAUUUUCAGACAAAACUCGGUAGGCGUAAGCCUUCAAACAUCAUCAGACUUGGUAGAAUAUGUACCGGGAAAAAACAAGUUUUGUUCGCAUAAUUUGGAGGUAUUAUCAGCUACGAACUGCCAAGAGUUCUCGGCUGUCAACAAAUACCCUUAUAAUGAGAUCUUCUCCAACAGUGUCGAUGGAACCAGAGUAUGGCAAUGUAAAGUAUCAACAGAGCAACAACUGCGACUGUUUGUCAUGGAAAUGACGGUUUCUGUAUGUUACUAUGCGUUUAACUUAUUUUUUAAUGUUUUUUUUUUACUUUUUACAAAUAUAAUAUUUUAUUUUCAUAUCGUUUCAGUUUGGCUUCAACUUAAGUCACGUCAACAUUAACAUGGGGUUUUCGGGAUUUGUGAAGGGGACUCCAGAUAUAAAGAUGACAUUGUACAUUGCCAACUCCGGUAACAAGAACAUCGGAGAAGACUUGGGGGAUGCUCUACCAUCACUGCAAUCGCUUCCCGGGCCAAGCACAGGUUUUUCCAUCGAACAUUGUUUGGACUUUCUGAGUAAAUCCAAGAACAUCUUGGAGAAUAAUGUAAGUAUAUUGUUGUUACAAGUAUAUUGGGUUUUGUCAUCUUCUGAAUUUUAGUGUGAGAAACUGUUUGGACCAGUAAAUGCAUCAGAUUUCAUCGACGGAGAGGGCAAGCAAGCAGUUGUACAGCUGUCCACUGUCCAGCUACUUUUGGCUGCUGCUGCUGUGAGUAAAAAGAAUGGCGUUUUCAAAGAAGGCUGGCUGGCUGAUACCUACAGAUUCUACAUUCUGUUCGAAGUCAACGAAACCAUGAGUGAGACGCAGACUGAGUUUUGUGACAUGCAAUCAGGAGUUUAUCAGUACAACGAUGGAGUGUAUCUGGCCGGAUCGAAAAGAAGUCGGAAUUCAGAGUUACCGUUUGGCAGUAUUAUUCCUUUACCUCAAGGAAGAUUGACCAUCUCCGGGGACAAAAGGAAACUCUACACUAAAACAAAGUUCAAUACUCGGAAACGAAGUCAAGCUUUGAGUAUGAUGGCUGACAUGGUGACCACCAACAUCCUCGACCCUUUUUGCAGUGGUAAGUGUUUGAAAUAAUAGUUUUGGUCUAUUUUUUUGUUUUACUUUCAAUUCAAAAACGAAAAUAUAUGAUUUGUAUGUUCAGUUAACCAAAAGAGGGAUGGUUUGUCGGCCUUAGAGUAUGUGGCAGUAUCUUUGUUCCAAUUCUCGAAUUGUGCUCAACGUUUGAACUAUCAGCGAUGCUUAGCUUGUCUGAACAGUAGUCUCCACACGGAUUUGGUCGAUUUUGUUUGUGGUACGUCUGGCGGCUUAGCUCACGAGAUGUACUACAAGGCCGUCACGGCACAAUUGUAUGCUCUUGACACAUUACAGUGGAUUAUUACAAAUCUGAGGAUUCUGGGUAGACUGUAAGUAUCGUUUUGAACUAUUGUUUAUGUAUUAUAUAUCCAGAUUUGUAUGAUGUUUUGCUGUUUCAGAGAGGAAGCAACGGGUAUUUUGAAAAGAUUUACGAGUAUCUCUGGUGCAUUGUUACAUAACGGAUUUGUGGUUGCUCCACGUUCUGUAGCUCACAAGCUCUCUGCUAUGUUAAACGAGUUGGCCGACACACUGAUAACAGACUACGCUCAUGUCGUCGAAGACUUUCUAUGUACUUUUAUCACGGAAUACAGAAGUUGUUUAAAGUAUCAGAAGAGAUAUCGAAAUGCGGGUGCUCUUCAAUAUCUCAACACAUUUGUUUACGGUCUGGCUAAGGUGGGUUCGUAAACUUAAAUGCUUUUUUUAUUUUUGUGAAUUACUAACAGUAUGCUUUUAGUUGUUACACACCAAAGAAACUACACAGAAGUACGAAAACAGCAUCAGAGAGCUUGAAAACUCUUUGGCCGAUGCUGUGCUGGAGCUCUCUCAAAUGUGGCAUUCAAAGAAGAGCGAGGAGGAAUCUGUUUCGGCACGGUACGACAAGUUGAAUGACAUUUAUGCAUUUGACUCACUACCUUCGUUUAUUGCCACUGUCGUACAUCCAGAGAAGAUGAAAGCAGCCUGGACCGCAGGAAAAGGUACUUUUGGUGCCGUUUUUAGUCAAUCAGAUGUGGAAAAAGGAUUGUCUGAAACAAGGAAGCGAAUGCCCACUGCUGUCAGCUACAAGACCAACUUUGGCGAUUCAUCGAACACUUCAGAGAAGCCAAAUUGGGACAAGAACAACAGAUUCACAGUGAACACGGCCUUGAGUACGAUGUUUGUGUACGACGAAAGCAAAGACGUAAGUUACAACAAGUGAAAUAUUAAUAAACAAUGUUUAGGUUGAGGCUACAUGGUUCGAGCACGCUGGAAUCUGUGAAUUCAAGGCUCAAAAGGCGAAAGAAAAGGCUACUGAGAAGAAGUUUUUAUCAGCGAUUGGUGCCACACGAAGAGCUGUCUACGCUGGAGCAGCCAUGGACGAUGCCUUCAAACAGAUUCCAGCUAUGCAGUCGACACCGAAACGGCCGGAGGCUACUGGAGAUCAGAGUUUGGUAGAACUUCUGACUACCUCCUACUCUAUCUAUCACGCCCUUCAAGUCUUCUACGGUAGAGAGAAUGUUGUACGAUUCGAAAUGGGUGGAGAAACGUUUCCUGGACUCCUGGAGUCAGAGAGACUUUGCUUCGUGGUUUCCAAUUCGACUCAUCAUGUCAGGAUACUCGACUUGAAUGCUAACAGCGAUGUCAAGGUGAAUGCUGACGUCAAGCAUGAAUCUAUAACCCCGCUACCGAUGGACGUCGAACCAGAACUUGAUGACCUUACACGAGGGAUGCAGACGCGGUUUGAGUUUGAAAGAAAACGAGCUUUCAUGCCGUCUCAGAGUAAGAACCUCAAAAUCAUGUACGGAAAUGCUAGAUCUACUGACAAAAAGGUACUCUUUUAAUCAAUUUUUGUGUUAAAAUUUCAAAUUUAAACUAAUAUAUGAUUAUUAAGGCGGAAAUGUUCAAAGGAUUGGCCGAGAUGUACGUCUUGGGAUGUCAUAACAAAUUCGUGCAAAAUACGACCGGUAAUGAAGACCCUUCGCUUGGAAAUGAUGACAAAUGGUUAUACGAAGGAGGUACUCCCGAUACAGAUGGUGAUGGGAUCGGAUUCGAAACGGACGACGAUGUAGCGUCGAACAAAGGAAUGGACUGCUCUCCACAACGACCGACUGCUACUGUCAACAAGUCCGUCAUACUCAAACGGCCGCCGUUCUUUGUUGCCGAACUCGAGAACUGUCAUCCUGGCCAGAUGCUUCAGAUUACUUUGGAUCUACAGAUUCCUGCAUUAGUGACAGACUUCAUUCUACCGGCUAACGAAAUCCUGUCUGCAGUGGCGGUCGAUGGCUGGUUGGAUGACGAAAGAAACAAAGUACGGUACGCUUACAGUACGGAGAUCGAAAGGAGAACGUUGAUGUUGAAUGACUUGCGAACAAACGACUUUGUACGAUACCUACGAUUGUCGUUCACGAUGAGGGACUCCAGGAAAGGAAAAACUACUUUUGCCAUUGGUAAUGUGUACGGUGUUCGUUUCGUGUCACCUUGGCAUUUGUAUUCCAGUUGCACAGAUGAGAAAAUACUUGAUAUGGCGUUAAAGAAGGUAUGUCGAGACUAUUUUUAAAAAAAAAGGUUUUUUGAUUUGUUUGAUAAGGCUUUGUUUCAGAACAUCUUCAACGUUCGUGAUGUGGAGAAUGCUAUCACCAUGCUACGGCGACGGUUUGACAACUUGGUGGUUCGAGCCAAGAAGUUAAUGAAACAAGGGAGCCUUGAAGGCAGGAAACUGUAUAACAUGGCCAUGGCUGAUCGUACUCUCUUCAAUACGUUUAACAACAUCCUACAACGAUCUGUGGUCGAUAUGAAAGAGAUCAGUGAAGUUUUUAUCAGCUCAAAGAAUUGUAAUGGAGUCGAAAGUCACAGUUCUGAAAGUGUUGAUUGGCAUGGCAACAAGACCAAGUUGUUAGAGUAUUCGUGGGCCAAGCACAGCGACUGGAACGACGCUUCUCCAGACGAAUUGAGAACGAUAUGUCUUAGGCUAAUGCAGUUGACGAAUGACAUAACAGUUUUGUCACAGAAUUUCAAGAAGAUGGAUCGUCUGGAUCAUCUGAAGUUCGAUCUAAACGGAGCUGUGCUUCUGUUCGGCUCUUUAAUCUCCGACGCUGAUCCAGCAGUCCAAGCCAAGGCGUGUGCUUACCUCUUCCAUCAGGGAAGCAGAGUUUGUUGGUGGCCAGAAUUCUUCCCAGCAGUGAUCCAAAGGUAUUUUGUUAAUGGCAUGACCGAUCAGAUGGAAGACGCCUUCUCUCGUCUGGUCUACUUAUGUUGUCAUACCGUACAACACACGGAACUGCGAACACUAGUGCUGGAACAGAUAUUGACUUACAUUGUUUCUCUGAUUGACAACGACUCUACUUGUGGCUACGACUCUUCUAAGUUCUCGUGGACUUUGCUUCUGCUGUCAAACGUGUUUGAUGUUGUAGUACCAAACACGAGAAACAUGGACAGAUGGGCUUUUCUGUCAGGCCAAUCUUGCAUGAACUACACUUCAAACUUCCAAUCUGUCACCAACGCCAAUAGACGUUAUGCCAGAAAGGUCGGAGCUGUCAAAGACAACAACUACUUCUCCCAACCCGAUCUCUUCUACUCAGGAACUACAGCACAGCCAGUUGACAAGACCAGCCACCUUCCAAUUGAACAAUCUACAUAUCUAGAGCUUCGCAGAAUGGCUUCUGACAUUAAAGUCAUUGGAAAAGAGAUGGACACCAAGCUCCACAACAAUCUCAUUUCUCCUGACAACUACCAUUUGCUGAAGAAGGAGCAGAAACAACUAAAUCACUUGUACCACAAUUCCCAGACCUUCCUGACAAAAGGACCAGUCAACUUCGACGCUCUGUUUGAAACCGUUUUGAAUUCCCCUCCAGAGUCGACCUUAAAGGCUCCGCUGGCUACACAUGAAGAAGACGAAGAAUCGAAUGCUGACAACGCACAUUACACUGAACUGAUGCAACGAAUUAUAAAACUGAGGAAAAACCUGCAUAUAUUGCUCAAAAAGAUCAGUAAGUUAGAAGUUGUUGUAGUAUAAUGUUUAUAUUUAUAUGUAGUACUCAAAACAUUUAUUUGUUUUAGAAUACAGUUACAACUCCCGGAAGAAGAUGAACGAGAAUGGUGUUUCGCGGUCACGCCGGUUUGCUAUCCGAAUGAAGCUAAGGGGUGAUUUGGUGGUGAAGACGAUCCAACUGCUAGCCAACAUGUUCUGUGCCAAGAGUAACAUCAUGUCACGCGAGACUCAGCUGUUACUGUUCAAAUUGUGCGCCAAAUUAAGUGUUCACGGUGCAGCGCUUCCGAUUUCCUUCAGAGAAGUUAUGGUUUCUGUCGAGAAGACCAAAGAGUUGUUGGCUACAGGUAAAUUAUAUUGUUACUCUUGUUGUGUUUUAUACUAUAUUUAUUAUAUACACAGUAAGUAAUGUAUUACUUAACCAUUUUUAGUAUUCGAAAACGCGGACCGAAACGAAUGGAUUCGACAUGCCUUCUUGUGUUUCGUUUUGGAUGUUGUGGAAUCAGAAAACUCGGUUCAAGCAACGGCUUCCGUUGGAUCAGGAGCUUUCAGUACCCCAUCUCACGAUAUGUUCGAGUCUGAGCCGAAUUUUGAAGGUAAGUACUUAUAUUAUAAGUUUUGUGUUUGAAGUGCACAUUACAAUGUAAAUGAAUUGAUAUUUCAGCUAAAAUCAAGAGACGAAAGGACGAUCCGGCUGAGGUUUUGAUGGAAGAAGGAGACGCUUCGACUUCAGAAGCAUCAUCAAGUUCGGCUGAAAGGAUUGAAGAGACCGUUUACUCUAAAACUUUAGUGACAUCAGGACUACUCGAUCCGUCGUCUUCUUGUGGCAUUGCCAACGAGGAACGCGACUUCCAUCCCGGGCUGUGUGACACACGAACUUCUAUUGGCAUGAAUCCACCGUACCCAUUCUCAUUCAACUUGCUCGACAAUCCGAAUGAAGAAGAGGUUGAUCUACUCAUAUUCAUGACCAUGUUGCCUCUGAAACCGUUGGAACUGAAAACUCCGCCAGUCUGGAACAACUAUAGGCAGUCGGUGUUGAGGAUGAUCGCUUACAACGUCGCCCGUGCUCAUUAUGACAGAGGGGAGCCUUUGUCAGACAUCUUCCGUUGGUUCGACUACGUGAUGGGGGCAGAAAUGGAAGCAGCCAACGCAUCGUCAAGUGUAAGUUUCUUGAAUCUGUUUAAAAUACGACCAAAUAUUAACAUAAAAAUGACUGAAAAUAGACAUACUACUGUACACUAACUAAUCAAACCACAUUUAAAGGAAGGAACAUACAUGAAGUGGGCUUUGAUGUCCAUCCUCAACUCGAAGGACUUCAUCGAACGAGAAUUCAACCUUUCCAACAACAAGAACGUCAUCCCCGACCACAAGACCCCCUCCCAUUCAGCCUUGGACUGUGCCAUCUUCUACUCCGACUUUUACUCCAUGUACGAGUCAUCGAACCAGUAUAUGGACGUGGACGAUGAGCAGAUGUUCUUGCCUUUAGAUGACCGAUUCGAAGAAGUUUACAACGAACUGGUCCAAAUAGUACUCGGCACGUCCAAACUCGGCAGCCUACAACAAGACUUGGAAGACACGAUCAGGAAGAAGACAACCAAAGACGACUUUUCUGGCAUCAGCAAGGAAACCUCGGUCUUCUACGACGAAUGUGACACAACUUACCUGCCCAUCGACUGUAAUGAUGAAGUUCUGCAGUACGUCGCUUCACAUCGAGUUUUGUCGUUAAAUCACAGUAUAUUCGCGUUCAGCAAGUUACGCUUCAUCCAAUCUGUUCUCCAAAUUGUAAGUUUACUAAAAAUGAAAAAUUUUGAAAUGUGUAGGGCGCAUUUUGCCGCAUUGUUUUGCAAUUUGCGGAAAUAAAAAUGUUAUACGAUGAAAACAUUUUCUGUAAAAAUAGUCUAUUUAAACAGGAAAACAAAUGAAUAAAGCGUCGUUUUGUUUUAGCGACGAUGUGCAAGAGGAUCUCAACUACUACAAUGUCAGAACCUGGGCGAUCUUCUCAAAAACGUGACUCUCAGCAGUUACGUAAAGCCGGUCAACGAUGUUGUUGUCAAUGCGGACCUGAAGAAGUCGGCCAAUCUGAAACAAGAGUUGGAGAAUGCCAUCGAGAAGUACGAUGUCGACAUGGAACUAUAUUGUCUGAAUGCUCAUUUGUGCCCUUUCCAACGUGGAGUAUCGUCGUUGUCUAAUGUCUUUAUGGAACACCGUGCUAUGACAAGGCUUUGGAAGACUGAAAUUGAGAGGAAGGUCUUGUCGACACUGUCGUAUCAAGCCAUGAGUCCAUCAAUACCUCGAAAUGUCAAGUCAUCUACAAUAUACGAUUCCUCGGUUCCUCUCACUUCCGAUAUUACAUGUUGUGGAUGGAUUUGUCAGGCAUUGAGUUUGUUGAUCGUGGACAUGAACGUCGAAGAAGCCAACCUUUACAUAGGAAACACGAACCGACAAGGCAGAGGCAACUUCUUGGAGUAUUUGGUCGGGUUCUUCUCGGAACUGGAAGGGAAUGUACUGUCCAACAAGAUGAACAUGGUCGAGCACAAGGCCAUCCAGCGACUGUUUGUGUUGUCUGAACAAGCCGUGAAUUCUUUGAUGAAGUUUGUAGUCGAAUACGACUACUCUAAUGCUGACAUCUGGGUGAAUUUGUUCAAGAUUCUGAUUGCUGUUGACGCUCCGUUGGAAGGAAAAGACACGAUGAACUUGGAGAUGAAGAACUACAAGUUCACUCACUGUGUCGAGAACUCGGUGUACUUCGGGAAGCUUUUGUCAAAGUUUAUGUCAUCUUCACUCGGGAAAUUCUCUACAGUAACUAAUACGGUAGGUGUUAAUAUUAUGUUCCUUUUUAUAUUGUUGAUAUGAUAAUAAUUGUGACUUUUAGUUGCCUAUGUUUGGACCAUCUGUAUGUGCAGUCUUCCGCAAGUUCAUGCAAGUAGUAUUCACGAAACAGCCAUCUCAAGUAGUGAUGGACUCUGUCUUGAAAGCUCUCACUGAUCAGUUCAACAAGUCCAGACAAUUCGGGUAUCUGGCAUUACCUGUUGAUGUGAUUGUAGAGAUAACCAGUCUGUUCGACUCAAUGGAGAAGGUGGGAUCGUGUGAUCCAGGUGUGUUUGUUACCUUCUUGGCCGCCUUCAUUGACUUCACCGAAGAGUUAUUCAGCGAGUUGAAGAAGGUGGAGUCGUGUCUGCCUGAAAGUGCUUCUGGAAUGAAAUCUCUCAAAAACUUGCCUCCACCGUUAAUCUCCUCGAUUCUGGAGACAUCAAACAUCCCGAGCAACAUGUGUUUUAGUAUGAUACUGAACGGAAACAUGCAGAAGGAGCGGAAUUACAUGUUUAAUCAAAAGCUGAAGAACCUGGAUGCGAAUGCAAAUGUUGGCAGCAAAAGUUCCAAGAACAUCACUUUUGUGAAACGGGCCGACAUUCUGGAGAACCCGGUACGAGAUGGAGAUGUGAACAUAUCGGACUUGUUCAUGAACAGCGCCUACUCCAUGAUGAGGAUGGCCGUACGAUACGUGUCACAGUAUCGACCACACAUUCUCAAGAGCUUGUUGCACUCCCAAGGAAAUUCGGUGAAGAAGCUGAUCGACAUGCUGUUCAUGUUCGUUUCAUUCACUCAGAACUUGGAUCAGAUCACAAAGGACAGGUAUGUGGCACAAGAUUUUCACUUGCAUAAUGUUUAAAAAAGAUAUUUAUUAUGAUAUAAAUUUCAGUUUCAAAAUCAUCACAUUGGCUGAUGCUGUGGUUCACUUGUUGUUGAUAAUCUCAGAAACGUCGAUGGAAGACCCUGAAUGUUGUCGUUUGUUCAUCCGGAUUGUUCUGAAGACCCUGAGGUCCCGAGUUGGCGAUGCUUCCAGUAGCCAAACUCUCAUGGAUUUGCCCAUUCCAGUGCUGGUGCUGAUGAAUUCGUUGUUGAAGGGUGUGUCACGAUGCCAGAUCUUUGUGGACGAAGGAGGACACACUUUUGUCGCGGAACAACUUCAUAUGGCAUUAGAAGCCUGCACGAUGGAUUGGCCACCAAGUAAGAGAUUCAGACAAUUGACAAGCCAACUCAACAUGUUGUCGACACACUUCACUGGAGUUGAGCCUCUCAGCUCCAAUCUACCGUACAAUCACACUGCAGCUGCCGUAGAUGACAAAGUCACCAAUCCUACGAUUUUGGGCCCACAAGCAAAGGAUGGUUUCAACACUCACACGGUAGGUUUACUUAAUGGUGCUAAGGCUAAUAUUUAAAAUUCAAAUACGAAUAUUUAAAUUUCAGACAUCCGAGCCGUUAAAAGAAGAAGUAAAAUACGGAGUCAACUAUCCCUUCGUACACUUGACUCCGAAUGCAGGAAUGAUGCAAAACCACCCCGUCUUCGGAAACCGGCUGUCAAUAUCGGUUAGAACCUGUGGCAGUCAGAACACCCAGUCUUUACCGUUUGACGCCUGCAACUUCACGCCAACGUGCUUGAUCAAGUCAGAUACGGCCGCUAUCGGUCAACUAUCAGCCUUGAACUUGACCACAGACAAACGAGGCCGAGUUCAGACCUUCCAACACAAGUUCGUCAACAAGAAGAACUGGCUCGACCUGACGUUCACUUUGCCGUACAAGGUGGUACUCUACGAAAUCGCCAUCAAGAUACCCGAAGGAAUGACACAUCUCAUUCCCUCGGCCGUCCAAGUUGAGCUUUGUUCGGAUUCAGGUCAACGCAAUUGGCAUUCUGUCUCCACACCCAUCAUCACCAAACCUGUCAACCACAUCAGAAUCCCUACUUACGCCUACAAGUUCCCAGUUACAGGUAAGUAAAUGUGGCAUUUACUGUUAAGUUAAACUCGUGUUCAAAGUUUAUUUAUUUAAUUUUUUUAGCUGCUCGAAUACACAUGAAGGCGCCAUCGGUCGGAAAUUACUUGCAAAUCUCUCAAGUCUACCUUUUGGGCUCAACUUCGGCUUCUGCGAUGCGGUCUCUGCACGACUCCAAGAUGUUCAAGAAUGAGAUCAUGAACCACUGGGUGUCGCUGUUCUCUCGACUCUGUGCUCGGAUCGAUGUGCCAUUGUGGAAGUAUGCUCCAUCUCUGUCAGAAGCCUUGAUCAGAGUCUAUUUGCAUGGAGAACAUCAGCCAACCGUGAUCCGACAGAUUCACGAACUUUUGCUUCGACUAGACAAUCAAAACAAACCUGGUCAGAGCACUCUGAUCUCAAUGAUUGUAGACCAUCUAAGUAAGACUUGUUUCAUUAUUCAAAUUAUGUUAUAUCUUUGUAAAACAAUAUUUUGCUUCUUUCAGUCAACGGAGGCCGAAUCUCUUCAAAGUCCUACCUCAGCGUGGCCGAGUUGUUGUACGUGAGCUGUGUUUACUCAUCUUCUUCGACUAAAAACAUAGGAUUUGAUGCAAACCGACCAAUCCAUGUUAUCCAUGGAAUUGUGACAAAUAGACAGAAGAAGCUGUUGCACGGUGUUGAACGGCUUCUGAAGGAAGUAUUACACGCCGAACAGUUGAAUCUUGAGUCCACAAGAUGGAUACGGGUCGAGGUGUGGCAAGAAGUGUCAGUUUUCUUGUGGGCGACUGCUUGUGCCAUCUGGAAUAACGUCAGUCAAGAGGCUACUAAGGCGGACACGGUAGCAGCUUGUAUGGAGAUAUCGCCCAUCUUAAUACCGUAAGUCACUGUGCUCCUAGUUAUGUAGUUCAGUUUUUUAUUGUUGAUAUUACUUUUUAUUUUCUCAAUUUGGUUUUUAUAGGUUGUUGUGCAAUACUAUCUCAAAUUACUCUGGCAAAUGCAUCUUUGACUCAUCAUGUUGGUUGUUGUGUACCCUCGUCCGAGCUUCUCCGGCCCUUCUGACCAACAUAAUCAGCCAUCUGAAGCCAGCCAAUGGAGACGAGAUGUCUCCUCUAAUGCUGAAAGCACUGAGUUUGGUCUGUCAGUCUCAGUCGGCCGUCAAAUUCCUGAUCGAACGCAAUUUCAUUCAGAAGAUCAUAGACUCCGUCGGAAGAAUCUGUACCUCUUCGUCAUCAUCGUCCAUCAAAGAGUUGAUUUUGUACGUUGAUUGUCUGAGCAAACUGAUGUCAAUCGACACCGUGAUCGAGUACUUUGAUUCGAACGAAGGAGGUUCCGUGUUCCGAUUGUUGAUCGACUACGUCGUCAAGAAUUGCAACGUCAACCUGCGAGGCUGUGACCAGAAUGGCAGUGGAAUUGGCAAGAGAUUGGUCGAUUCCUCAAUAUCAACGUUGAAGAAGUGCCUCGCGUACGGUGGGGGACAUCGGGAAAGAAUUGCAUUGAUACUCUCCGAUAUGAUCAACCAGAUUUCGUCGUCUGGAGUGAAGGGUAUCCAAUUGCCGGAAACGCUGGAGACUUUCGUGAUCAAACUUGUUAUUUGCGACGAGUCGAUCCCAGUCAGAUUGACAGGAGUUGUCCAUGCCAACUCUGACCGUCACAGUGUCAACUUCCAAGGUAAAUUAUUUUCGACGAAAAACUAAAUUACAAAGAAAAUCUUGCCGCUAAAACCAGAUCUAUGGGGCGCAGCUUGCAAAACAAUGAUAUUGCAGGUUGCGCGAAUGUUAUACGAUGGAUUGUGUUUUUGUAAACAGUACUUGAAUGCAGAUUUAUAGAUUUUUUAACUGUUAUGAUAAAAUUAAUGAUAUACUUUCAGAUCGAAUGACACAUCCUUUGUUCGGUUGUAAUCAAGAUGACUGUGUAAUGGAGGUAUCUUUGGGAACGUUGUGUGAGGAAUUGUUACCGUGCAAGAAGAACUCGGAUUCGAAGGCUACAACGGCAUCAAACACGCUGUCUUCCAAGGCUCACAAGCUUAUGGAUCACGUAUGUUUUAUGGGUUUUGUGAAAACGACUUCUUGAAAUUGUUAAACCAUAUAUUUUUGAAUUUUUAUUGUUUUUCUUACAGUACAUCGAGGACUUCUUCCUGGGAUCACAUUUGAAUAUGGUGGACGAAUUCUCAGAUGAAAAAGAAUCUGUUUCCCAAAGCGAUUUGAAGCCCAAAUCAUCGAGUGAAGCCUCUGAAGAAUACCCGUUCAGCUACCAGAAUCACGCUAUCCAGUUAUCUUGUGGGGCAUAUUCUACAAAGCACGCUCUUAACAACAAAUGGUCUUUGGCUAAAGUGGUGGAUGGCCUCAGAGCAAUCAAAAGGUUUAAUCACAAGCAGAACCAAGAUGUAACGUUGUUGGAGAAGUACCUGCGUGAUGAACACAAAACGAUGGAAACAGAGCGGGUCUAUCGUGUUCAGCCUUCUAAACCAUCUGGAAGACAGUUUGCUGCCAAAAGAAGUCGAACAUCAUCAACUUCAGCUGAAUCCUCUGAUUUUGCGAACGAAGGAGAGUUGACGGAUGGCUAUGUCAUGUUGAAUCUGAAGGUCCGUGCCUCACUUCACAACAACAUAUUGAACAUGGUGGAGGACGAACCUUUGUUGACUGACUUCCUCAGUGAUCUGCCUUCUCAAGCUUCCACUUUGUUGAAGUUUGCACGAGCUGGUGGCCUUAAGGCUCUGUCUAAUUGCGUUGACGUUAUUGGACGUGUUGAUAGCAAACUCAAAAAGUAAGUGCUUUUUUAAAUAUUUUGAAAUUAUUUUUAUUCAUUCUUGAAUAAGACUGUUUAUAUCUUGAUUUUUAGUGUUUUGAACCAACUGAACAAGUUCACUAACCCUCAACUUGGGUCUAUCAAGGAUGAGAUUGUAAAAGUGAGAAGAACGUUGGUCAGAUUCGCAUCGUCAAAGAAUCAGGUUAUGGAUCAAGAAGGAUUCUCUGCCAUUAAUGCCAUUUUACAACGGCCGAUCUUUGCUGUAUUGAGUGAGUAACUACAGUUUUUUAUUAUCUUGUAAGAUUUAAGUUUAAAAAAGUAGUUUAAAUGCUUUCAAUGUCAACAUUCAGAUGCUCUACGGAUUCUAAGUACUUGUGAAAGCGAGCUCAAAAGCGAAGACACAAAGGUAAAACCAGCUGCAGAUCUCAUCCAAGACGACUACAACCUCGAUGGACUCGUUUUCGACGAUGACUUUGAUGACAACAUAUUCACCAACAUUGACGACUUUGAUGACAUAAUGACACAACCAACUACAGAACCUGGUUCCUCGACCUCAGCACCAGCCAAGUUGGUAGCAGCAGUACCAGUCUUCUCGACCUAUGACCCAGACGAACUGGACCAAAUAGCUAACGACAUCUUCUUGUCUUCUCCAUCAUUCAACUCCCAAGUCGACGUCUUGAAUGAGUUGCCACCGAAUGUCAUUUCGCUCGACAAGGUAAGUUUUAUUCGAUCAAAUGUAAUUUAAAACAUUUAACAAAGGAACAGCAUAAAGACUUAAUACUUGGAACCAAAUGUAUCUAUGAUUAAGGGAACCAAAUUUUAAAAACGGCCAAAGGCGUCUGGUUGAUUUUAUUUUUUAACCGUAACUUGUUGUAGAUGUUGAAGCCGAACCAACCAAAGAAUGUUUACGUUGAGAACUUUGACAUGAUCGUAAUCGCCUUGAGUGUAUUCUUGGAAAUUGACGUCUAUGGUCCUUCUCUAGUGGAAUACUGUAAAGCUUCUGCCAAGAAGUUGAUGUAUAUUAUGCUUGGCUUGAACCCUCCUGGUAAGCCCUAUAUAGAUUUAGCAAUUGAUAUUAAGGCAUUUAUAUAAAAAAUGUAUUGCUUAUUAAAAUCAUAUUAAUUUUAGAGGAAUCAAAGAAGUCGAUUGAAGGAUUAACACCUCUACUACCCCAGUCAGCCUACGGAACUACAGAUUCUAGCAAACCGGUCCAAAGUCACCUUCCUCACAAAGAAGCUCUCCAGAAGUUGGCCUUCAAACUGUCAGAUCACAUCUUCACGGGCUUCAAUGCUCGGGAGAGCAACACCAAGAACGAAGCCAGCUUGGACCAAAUUGCUCUGGUACCAUUCUUUGUACUCUCCAAAUGCUUCGAAACCUAUUAUCCUCCUAAUUGCACCAUGCAGGAAGCCGAGUCUGUGAGAAUUCAGACAAUGAAUAAUGGAACGAUCGACGUCCUGAUGACACUGUUGUCCUACUACUCUCAUCAGAAUGCCAACAAGAAACCGAUUCGACCGAGCGGAGAUCUGUCUUCGACUAGACUUCUGGAGCAGAUGAUCUCAUUCAACGAGGAGUACCAACAGAUUAUCGACAUUUGUUCUAGGGUCUCCAAGCCUCAGAAGCCGCUUACGACAACAUCAGGUUUCUCAUCGGGACCAACGCUGGAUCAGAUAGCUUCUACUCUGCCGAUGGUCGGUCCGGCCACGUCUCAGCUGCUGAAGCAAUUUGGAGCCGGGCUUCAAAACUCGACUUCUUCUGGAUUACCGAAACCAGUUGCUAUUCCAGUCUCUUCGGUCAUGAUGCCUUCGUACAUACCCACCAUGGGUCCGUCUUCGAGCAAACCCAAUACUGACAACAACUUCUGGGCCAAGGGUACUGGAUUUGGAAGUGGAAACACAAACACUCACUGGAAUCUGAAUCAGCACGUUCUGAAGCAGAAACAACACGAAGUCACCGUGACUUGUUUGUUCAAUGUAAGUUUAGAUCAUGUAAAAUACAGGUUUUUUAGAUUUUGACUAACAUCAUCAACCCAAUGCCGGCCACCUCAGAAGCUCGCCUCCACAGACUUCUGAAUCCGGAAAAGAAUGCAGACGAGACUCCAGAUUUGCCGUGUUCGUCGAAUAUCCUCCAAGGACCAGAACAGGUUCAACUGUCAGUCUACACCAAAGACUUUUGUGACGUCUUGGCCAACAGCUGUCUCAUCAACACUCUGUCAGCUUACAUGUUGAACGAUUCUGGUUAGUUUGACUAUCUUUGAACAUUAUUUGUAAUCUUGCAUGUGAUUAAUAUCUCUUAUUUUAGUUUUGGAUAUCUCCUGCCAUUCUGCUGUGUACGAAUCGGUUGUAGCACUUCUUCUUUCCAUGUGCAAGACGCCACUUCUGAAGUCGAUGAACGGUCGUGAUGAAUAUAGUUUUGCCGAAUUGAUUACAAGUCCCAAUGCCAGCCAGAUCUACGAAGGCCUGAAGAAGAUCUGCAAAGUGGUCGGUAUCUACAUGAGUCGACUCAACAACAGUUCGGCAGCUGGAAAGCAAGAAAAGUCGACGAACGACGAAGAAGAAGCAUUGCCUGAUCUGCUACUCAUUUCACAACGAGCACUCGGCUACAUGGAACAGUUAUUCAACGAGAAACAACGAAUCGAAGACAACAGAAUGGAUGUUAGCGUAAGUGGAUAGAAAUUUAUAAGUCUAAACAAAUGUAAGUAAGGUCUGUACGCUUUAUUAAAUCGACUUUUACAGGAGCAACAAGAGGUCCAACAUCCUGCAAUCCAGAAAACCGAAGAGAUUUACAUGUCGGUACUGGAGAGCCAUCAAUUCCAGUCGAUCCCCUUCUUCCGCGCUGACAACAACACUAACAUGCAGUUCGGCUUCCACUAUCAAGCUAAUCUCAGUUCUGCCAUCAGCAACGGAAAAAGAACCAGACGGCUGGCACAAGAAGUGGUCAGUCUGUCCAACUCUCUUCCCUUGUCUUUGAGUAGCUCUGUGUUUGUUAGGGCGGCUGAUGAGAGGCUAGACGUUAUGAAAGUCCUAAUAACUGGUCCAGCUGAUACUCCAUAUUCGGGCGGAUGUUUCGAAUUCGAUGUCUUCUUCCCUGCCGAGUAUCCCACUGUGCCAAUGAUGAUGAACCUUCAAACCACCGGAAACCGCACCGUCCGUUUCAAUCCCAAUUUGUACGAAGAAGGAAAAGUGAGUUGUUACUAAAAUGUUGCCUUUUCAAUUAAAAACAUUAUUGAAACAACUAAUCUUUGAUUGCAGGUUUGCUUGUCAAUUCUGAACACGUGGAGUGGAAGACCAGAAGAACGUUGGAACCCAACAGCUUCAUCGUUCCUGCAAGUCCUCGUCAGUAUUCAGUCGCUCAUUCUGGUAUCAGAGCCAUACUUCAACGAGCCCGGUUUCGAACGUUCUCGCGGAACGGCCACCGGAGACCAAGCUAAUCGGGAAUACACCGCCAACAUCAGACACCAAUGUGUACGAUGGGCGAUGAUUGAAGCCCUACGUAACCCGCCAAAGGCCUUUGAAGACGUCAUCAAACGUCAUUUCUGGAUCAAACGAGACGAAAUCUGCGCUCAAAUCAACGAUUGGAUCAAGGAGACUAAAGAAAUGAUUGAACAAAACAAGAGUGUCAAGGUCCUCCCUCAACAUCUGACCCUUUUGGAAGUGAGUUUUGUUCAAAUUAAGUGUAAUACCAGACCAACGGAUGCCCUGCGGGCAUCCUAUGGUCUGGAUAGUUUAGUUUUGUUUUAUUUUAGUAUAAAAUUAUUUUAUAAUAAAAUUCAAUGUUAGAAUGUUUAAAAAAAGGUUCGGGCCUGCGGCCCUCGCGCGUUUCUUUUCAUUUUAACAUUAAAAUCGAAUGUUUUUGUUUUAAUCAUUUUCUGCUAAUUCAAUGCAAAUGAAUCCUGAAACUACUUUAAGUAUGAUACGCUUCAACUCAAAAGUGAUUUGAUAUAUUUAUGCUUGAAAACAAACCUUUUAUCAAAUAAAGGCGCCGGCCUGCGGCCGCCGCGCGUCUCUUGAUUUUAAUUUUAAAAUCGACUGUUUUUGUUUUGAAACAAUCUAAUAUGCUGUUACGUUUUUUGCGCCCUUACUAUACCCACAUUUAUACGCAUACCCUUAUCCAUCAAUAUAUCCAUAUCCACACCCACAUUCAUAGCCAUUUUAUAUACCCUUGCCCAUAUUUAAAUGAUUGUCUUUACUCAUUCCCAUUUUUAUACCUCUACUUAUGCCCAUAUAUACCAUACCCUUACCCAUGUUUAAAUCCAUACCCAUCAUUACCCAUAGCCAUACUUUUCAUCAUAAAAUGAAUAAUUUUAUAAAGAUAUUUUUAAGGCUUACAAAAUAUUUAGUAUCAUACUCAAAAUAGUAUCAGAAAACAUACUUACAUUGCCAUCGUAUCUUCCUCCAAAUUAUUGAAAUCCGACCGCUUUCUUUCAAAAAUUUCUAUGAAACUGACCGGUCUCUUUUAUUCAUAAUUUUAUAAAAUUUAUUUAUUUUAAAAAUAAAAUAAAUAAAUUGAUUUUUUCAAAAAUUUGCAUGGCUCUCUCAUUUAGUACAGUUGCCCUUUUUUGUGCUUCAGACAUCCACCUGCUCUGCAUUUAGAGCCGGGGACCAGAUCAACGGAGGAUCUCCUAUGAUCUGGACAUUGCAAUUUCAUGUUUCAUUCUUAUUAUACCAAUGGCAAUACAAUUUAUAAUAUGCAAAAUCAUAAGCUCGGGCCUGCGGCCCUCGCACGCCUCUUUUGACUUUUAUGUUGUCACAAACCAAUAAAAUUAAUUUUCAUUUGGAGAUACCAUAUCAUAAGCUCGGGCCUGUGACCCUCGCGCAUUGCUUUUGAUCUGGACAUUGCAAUUUCAUGGACUAAUAUGCUCGGGCCUGCGGCCCUCGCACGUUUUCAAACUCUAAAAUCUUUUGCUAAUCACAUUUUUGCAAUGGAAACGCAGCAUGAAUCCUGAAACUAUUUUGAGUAUGAUACGCCUUAAAAUUUACUCCAUUUAACACACCCUUUGAUUUUUCCUACGCCUGUAAAAAAUAUUUUAAAAUGAAAACUCUAAAAUCAUACACAAAAUUCAGUACCAUACACAAAAUACUAUCAGAAAACAUACUUACGUCUCCUUUUGCCAUCGUAUCUUCCUCAACAUAUUCGAACAACGACCGCUCUCCGCCAAAGAAUUCAAUGCAACUGACCGCUCGCUUUUUAUUUUCACUUUCAAAUUCUCAUUUCCACGACCGCUCACUUUUUCAAAAAUUCUUCAAAAUUUUUGCUAAAAAUUCUUCUAAAUUUUUAUUAGGUGCCGGCAAAAGUUUUUCCACGAUUUUUGUUUUUAACAAAAUUUAAUAUUUAAAAAAAAAGAACAACAACUAAUGAACAAAUAUAUGUACCAUUAUUAUCAACGACCUGUUGCCAUUCCUUCGGCAGCAUUUGGAUUCAACUUCUAUAAAACCUGGUGUUUGAAAAUUGAAAAAGUUAGCCCAACAUCUCUUGAGGUACUCUCGAUUGUUAAAGUGUCUUGCGUUCAGGUGGUUUUGAAGAGAGUGGAACAUAUUAUAAUCUGUAGGCACAACAUCAGUUGAGUACAGUGCAUAUAGCAUCACAGCCCAGCCGAAGCUUUUCAGCUUGUGCUGGGUCAAAUUUGUCACAUAGGCGCGAGCAGUAUCAUGAAUGAAGAAGGUGCGAUUCUGUACACCAUGCAAUGCCGCCGCAACAGAUUUAAUUUGUCUACAGUAGACAUCCACAGGGAUCGUAGUUCCAUGUGGUACCAUUUCCUAGUACACAAUACCUGUUGAGUUCCAGCUAACGCUGAUCAUCCUAUCCAGUGAGUGAAGAUCAGGUUUUGGGGUUGGUGUACCAUUGUUUCUUUCUGGUGUGAUUAACAUACAGUACUCACUUCUCAUCCCCAGUAACCAAAUUGCCAAGCCAUGCAAAGGUCCUUGGGAAAUCAACAAAUAAGUGUAAAUUCCACUUAGCGUUUCAGCUGGUCGCUGUUCAAAUCAUGUGGAACCCCUUGACCAUAUUUCCAUGAUCUUCCGAGGUCGUGAAGUCUAGCUAAUAUGGUAGAAGGAUCACACUGAAGCUCUACAGUCAAAUGAGUACAUGUUUGUCUGGGGUCUUCUUCAAUCAGCUUCAGAAGGUGGGGUUUCUUCAACGCUGAUGGUCUACCAUAUCGAACUUUACAUGUCAAAGUCACCGUUUUGGAACUUGUGGAACCAAACUUUUGUGGUGUCGUAAGAGACAACUGAAGGCCCUACAGCACUGCAUAUUUCCUUCGUCGUUCUUAUUGCGUUGCCGGGAUUGCGGAAUUUGAGAAGCAACACUGCCCAAACAUGGUCAUGUUUCACCUUGAUUUCCUGAACCAUCGUAAACAACAGAAUGCUUGAACAUGCAAUAGUUUUUAGCCUUGGACAACUCUUUAUAUAGGUUAUCAACAGAAACUUCUAGAACUGUCCAUAAGUUUUUGGUAAAUUUUAGAAAAAUAGUGGAAAAACUUUUGCCGGCACCUAAUACUAAAAAUUUUCAUUUUCCCAUAAAGUUCAUUUUGACAAAAUGUCCGGAUUAGCGGCUUCACUUUUUUGUCACAACAUACCAUCUGUCUGCAUUUAUAUUUAGAGCCGGGGAUGGUAUCAGAAAACAUAUUCAAUGUUACAUUUUCAGAAGAACUACGACGCGUUAAUGGUAGAAUUCGCGAAACUGGAGUGCCCUGACCCUGCCCUCUCCUGCCUUUCUUCCUUGUACAUGAACGAGUAUCGGGAAAAGAACAAAACGAGUACCUAA